UGCGGUUAUGGACUCAGGCUACCAAACAGCCGAACAGGCCUUCAGUCUCUUAUCCACCGUCCUCGACAUUGUCGUCACUUCCGUCAUUCCGUGCCGCGUCUGAGUCUGACUCUGAGCAGCGAUCGCCUCGGAUUCUCGGUGACUACGUCUUCGUCAUCUCCUCGAGCUUGAACGGUGGUGGACGAUUGUGUGUGUGCUGUGCCUGACGGAGUGCCCCUGCGUCGUUCUCUUCUCCUUCCAGAUUCGUCACUCCUUCCUCAAGCAUCUGAUCUCUCUCAAUCUCGCAUCUUCUUACCCCGUUUACUUUAGUUGCAGUCACUCUGAGUCUCGGUUUCCCGAAGAGAGGCCCUUGGUCUCCGGAAGAAGAUGCUAAUCUCAGGACUUACGUUGAAGCUCAUGGCAUUGGUGCCUUGACCAACCAGACACCACGAGCGCUCCAGACUGGCGAUGCAAGCAAGAAUUUGACCGGUGAUCGCGAUGAGAUUGGGAGUACUGGGCUUAAUGGUGUGAUUGAUGACAGAGAACCAAGGGGCACGUUUGAUAACACAGGGUCGAAGACUUCAACUUUCUUCCCUGGAACAACAUUAGCAUCUAAGGUGGUAGCUAAUAACUAGGGACAAUGGGUAUCUUUGUGAAGAUCAAAGAAAUUGAGGCCAAGAUGGCUCGAACCCCAAAAAAUUGAGCCACGGAAUAUCAUCCUCAAGGCAAAGAUAGCCAUGUUGGAGCCGCCAAAGGAGUGUAUGUUGUUGUUGUACAUGAGUGAUGGGCAUUUGUUUGAAUGAGAAGUUGUCCAAAUCCAAUAAUAUUUUCUGACGGUGCUUUUGCUAGAAUAAGCGGGACAAUUAUGUUGAGUGCUGGAAUAAGCUCUAGAAGAAACAUGUUCUAAUUCCAAAAUGGCCAUGCGCUCAUUCUCCUCUAAGCAUAGAAUCUUGUGGUCUUUCUUUCAACAUAAACCCUAUUGUUAUCACUUUUCCUCUUUCACCUCAUCAUCAGAUCUUGUGAGUGAGAUUUCUCGUGUGCUUAGUGACCAUCGAGAUCCCCACCAUGAUUUGGAGCACUCUCUGUACCCGUUUUCAACUCAAAUAUCCACAAAUUUAGUUGAGCAAGUCCUGAAACGGUGCAAGAAUCUUUGCUUCUCAUCUCAUAGAUUCUUUAUUUGGGCUAAGUCGAUUCCAGAUUUUCAACCCAGUGUUGAGAGCUACCACAUUUUGGUGGAAAUCUUAGGAGCAGGAAAGCAGUUUGCCAUGCUAUGGGACUUCCUCACCGAAAUCAGAGAGACCUGUUGCUGUGAAAUUAGGAGUGAACUUUUCUGGCUCGUUUUUGGAGCAUACAGCCGUGCUAAUUUGCCAGGUGGUGCAAUACGGGCUUUCAUUAGAAUGGAAGAAUUUGGAGUUAAGCCAAACAUUCAUGAUCUUGAUAAGCUUUUAUUUAUUUUAUGUAAGAAGAAACAGGUCAAACAUGCUCAAAAGUUUUUUGAUGAAGCUAAGGAUAGGUUCAAGUUAAAUGCUAAAUCUUACAGCAUUUUAAUAAAGGGAUGGGGUGAAAUUGGUGAUGCCAAGAAGGCACUCGAAUUGUUUGAUGAAAUGGUUGGGGAAGGUUGUCCUGUGGAUUUGCUUGCUUAUAAUAAUUUGUUAGAGGCACUUUGCAAAGGAGGUAAAGUUGAUGAUGCUUCCAAUUUGUUUCAAGUUAUGGUAUCAAAAAGAGUUGAGCCAGAUGCCUAUACUUAUUCAAUAUUCAUUCGUACGUAUUGUGAUAUGAGUGAUUUGCAUUCAGUUUUCAGGGUUCUUGACAGAGUGAAAAGAGCUAACCUCUUGCUAAAUGUGUAUGCAUACAAUCAUAUUAUAAAGAGACUUUGUAAAAUUGAGAAAGUGGAAGAAGCUUAUCAAUUGUUGGAUGAAAUGAUUGCAAGCAGUGUAAAUCCAGAUAUCUGGAGUUAUAAUGCAAUAUUAGCUUAUCAUUGUGAUCAUUGCGAGGUCAACAGGGCUCUUAGGUUGCUGUCCAGAAUGGAAAAAGACAACUGUCUUCCUGACCGUCAUACCUAUAAUAUGGUGCUGAAAUUGUUGAUCAGGACAGGAAGGUUUGAUAGAGCAAAUGAAGUGUGGGAAAAGAUGGUGGAUAGGGAUUUUUAUCCUUCCGUUUCAACAUAUGCUGUCAUGAUUCAUGGAUUUUUAAAGAAGAAGGGUAUGCUUGAGGAGGCCUGUAAGUAUUUUGAGAUGAUGAUUGAUGAAGGAAUUCCACCUUAUGUUAAUACCGUUGAGUUGCUGAGGAAUAGGCUCUUGGGUUUAGGGUUUUUGGAUCACAUUGAAAUACUCACUGAUAAAAUGAGGCAGAGCACUUCAUGCUCAAUCCAAGAAUUAGCAAAUGUUAUGGUUCGCACUAGAGCUCUUCGAAAUUCAAGAUGUGAUGAGACCCACAUAGAAAGUGACUGAAGAAUGAAGUGGCAAGUUGGCAGACAAGGGAAACUAUUAUGGCUAUGAUGCUUUUCAUACUCUGGAGACGCUAAUAGAAGGUUCAAAGAUCAGCAGAGCAGGAACAUUCAAGGAACAUGGAUCUCCAUUGAGCAAUGAUCCAAGAGACUUCUGUCCUUCCAUAAGAAGAGGAUCCAUUGCAUGGGUUGAUUCUGGGCCAGAAUUCUUUUUCAGCCGAAGGAAUAUACUGUGAUUGGUUAUGUUCUAUCUCUGGAUAUGGAAAUUUUGGAGAAAAUAUCUUAACUUUCUACUUAGCGAGGUUUGAGUAACCUGUGUCUUGGAGGUGAAAUUGUUGCUCUCUAGUUAGUCAUGUAUCAUCGCUGACGUAACUGAGUACAAGACGUGGUCUGUUUACUCUGACUCAAUAACUCAGUUAUCCCAGUAUCUAUGGAUGAGUUGACUCUGGUCAAUCUGUUUCUAUGGCCAUUUUUGCUCUUGGAUGAUGAUGUUUGUGUAGACAAGACAACUGAUCCGAGGCAAAGUUGGACGCCUAGAUUCCCACUCGUGCGCUACUGGGGCUAGAAUCAUGUCAAUUUUAUUGAGCAACUUCACUGAGCAUGCUUUAAAGGAUGAUUUGAAUGUGGAUGUACAUCACCUUAACUA